UGCUGAGCCUGUGUUACCUGUGUUCCAGGACCCAAACCAGCCAUGUCCUCCCCUGCACAGCCUCAAGUCCCUGCUCCCCUGGCCAACUUGAAGAUUCAACAUACCAAGAUCUUCAUAAACAACGAAUGGCACGCCUCAGUGAGUGGGAAGAAAUUUCCCGUCCUCAACCCUGCAACCGAGGAGGUCAUCUGCCACGUGGAAGAAGGGGACAAGGCAGAUGUUGACAAAGCCGUGAAGGCUGCACGACAGGCCUUCCAGAUUGGCUCCCCAUGGCGCACCAUGGAUGCUUCAGAGAGGGGGCGCCUGCUGAACAAGCUGGCUGACUUAAUAGAAAGAGAUCGUCUACUGCUGGCUACAAUGGAGGCAAUCAAUGGUGGGAAAAUCUUUGCCAAUGCAUACUUGUGGGAUAUGGGAGGCUGCAUUAAAGCACUGAAGUACUGUGCAGGAUGGGCUGACAAGAUCCAUGGACAAACAAUACCAAGUGAUGGAGACAUUUUCACUUACACAAGACGUGAACCUAUUGGAGUGUGUGGCCAGAUCAUCCCUUGGAAUUUCCCAAUGCUUAUGCUCAUUUGGAAGAUAGCGCCUGCCCUUAGCUGUGGGAACACAGUGGUUGUCAAACCAGCAGAGCAAACUCCUCUCACUGCUCUUCAUAUGGCAUCUUUGAUAAAAGAGGCGGGGUUUCCUCCUGGCGUGGUGAACAUUGUCCCCGGUUACGGGCCGACUGCAGGGGCAGCCAUCUCCUCUCACAUGGACAUCGACAAAGUGGCCUUCACGGGAUCAACAGAGGUUGGCAAAUUAAUCAAGGAAGCUGCAGGAAAAAGCAAUCUGAAGAGGGUCACCCUGGAGCUUGGGGGAAAGAGCCCUUGCAUUGUGUUUGCGGAUGCUGACUUGGAUACUGCUGUUGAGUUUGCACACCAUGGAGUAUUCUACCAUCAAGGCCAAUGUUGUGUCGCACCAUCUCGGAUCUUUGUGGAGGAGUCAGUUUAUGAUGAGUUUGUGAAAAGGAGUGUUGAACGAGCUAAGAAAUACAUUCUUGGAAAUCCUCUGAACUCGGGAAUAAAUCAAGGCCCUCAGAUUGACAAGGAACAACAUGAUAAAAUACUUAAUCUCAUCGAGAGUGGGAAGAAAGAAGGAGCCAAACUGGAGUGUGGUGGUGGACGCUGGGGCGACAAAGGCUACUUUGUCCAGCCUACAGUCUUCUCCAAUGUCACUGAUGAGAUGCGCAUUGCCAAAGAGGAGAUAUUUGGACCAGUGCAACAGAUCCUGAAGUUUAAGUCCAUGGAUGAUGUGAUCAAGAGAGCCAACAAUACUACGUACGGCCUAGCAGCAGGAGUCUUCACAAAGGACCUGGAUAAAGCCAUCACUGUGUCUUCUGCUCUGCAGGCAGGGGUAGUGUGGGUAAACUGCUACAUGAUCUUGUCAGCCCAAUGCCCCUUCGGUGGAUUCAAGAUGUCUGGAAAUGGACGAGAGCUGGGUGAGGAAGGUCUUUAUGAAUACACCGAGCUCAAGACGGUUGCAAUGAAGAUAUCUCAGAAGAACUCAUAAAAAGCCAGCAGAGCGAAGAGAAGAUCUCUAGCAAUGGCUACACAUCUCCUAUAGUUACCAGCACAGUGGUGUGCCACUAUAAUCUCUUCUUCUGUCGAUUUCUUAACAUAGAUGAUUUGUCAGUAUUAAUGAUACACAUAAAAAACCUGUAGCUUAAUCUGAAAGAAUCAUUAGCCUUCUAACAUGUGACGCCAAUUUGUAUCCUACAUUAAAAGGAUAGUGUUAGGUGCAAACGCUCUGUAACUCUGUCAUAAUCGGGUGCUUUCCACUGUCUAGAAUAUUCAGUUGGUAAGGAGGACCAGUAACUACUUAAACUCUGUCCCUCAGUGACUCCUUGAAUUAUUCAACACUCAUAGUAACUGCAGAGUAACCUGCUCUGUUCCCCGUGGUUGUCCCCUCUGAGUGCUGUGAACUGUUUUCUAGAAUGCCAUGCCUGUCAAGUGAAAUGCCUAGUUGUAAUUAGAACUCAAAGUUUAAUAAAGGCACAUUUGCGUGA